GCAGGGGGCAGGGGAGCUCAAAGAUCUGAGCCACUGCCAGGAAAAGGAAAACUUUUAAAGUCAAUGGCUUGGAGUGAUUUUUUUAAAUCCUUGCUGGCGAAGAGGCCCGCCUCUCCCCAGUAUCAGCGCUUCCUCAUUCUUUUAAUCCGCGUCUCCGCGGUCUUCGGCGUCAGACCAGCCAGAGGAAGGCUGUUUGCAAUUUAAGCGGGCUGUGAACGCCCAGGGCCGGCAGGGGCGGGGCCAAGCGGACUAUUCUGAAUCAAGGGGCGUGGCUUCGAAGAGGGCUCUAUAAGUACGCGCCGAGGUGCGCGUGAGCGCAUUGCAAGCUACUUCCAGGGUUCUGUGGAUUUUUGUCUUCUUGUUGGCAUUUCCGGCAUUAUUCCCCAGCAUGAAGGCUCUGAGCCCAGUGCGCGGUUGCUACGAGGCGGUGUGCUGCCUAUCGGAACGCAGUCUGGCCAUCGCGCGGGGCCGCGGCAAGGGCCCGGCGGCCGAGGAGCCGCUGAGCUUGCUGGAUGACAUGAACCACUGCUACUCGCGCCUGCGGGAACUGGUACCCGGAGUCCCACGAGGUACUCAGCUUAGCCAGGUGGAAAUCCUGCAGCGCGUCAUCGAUUACAUCCUCGACCUGCAGGUGGUCCUGGCCGAGCCGGCCCCUGGACCCCCAGACGGCCCGCAUCUCCCCAUCCAGACAGCGGAGCUCGCUCCGGAACUUGUGAUCUCCAACGACAAGAGGAACUUCUGCCACUGACCUGGCCGUCCUGGCACCUCCAGAACGCAGGUGCUGGCGCCCGUUCCGCCUGGGACCCCAGGAACCUCUCCGGCCGGAAACUCGAGGGCAUGGAUGCGCCCCAGCCUCGCCCUGCCCACUUGACUUCCCCAAACCCCUGUCUGGAAUCUAGAACUGGUGCCCGGGAGAGGACUGUGGACUUGGGUGGCCUGAAGAGCCAGAGCUAGUUCUGGCCACCAGCUGGGCAACAUCACCCAGCCCUCACCCCAUCCCCAAGUGUUAAGGACUGUCAGACUGUGCGUGGGGGUGGCUACUCUCCAGACUCUGCCAAGGUGACGGUAGAGCUGGUCUUCUGGUCUCCUUGGAGAGAGGCUCUGUUGCCCCGAUUUAUGAACUCUAUAAUAGAGUAUAUAGCUUUUGUACCUUUUUUGCAGGAAGGUGACUUUCUGUAACAAUGCGAUGUAUAUUAAACUUUUUAUAAAAGUUAACAUUUUGCAUAAUAAACGAUUUUUAAACAGUUG